CUUGUGGUGUGCUCAAGCGGCGGCGCGGGCCACAGAUGAGUUUUGCAGCACGUGGCCACUAAUACGAAUGUAGUGGACCGGUAGGAGCGUUUACACGGCCUGCCGCGACCGCUGCGCGAUUCUCAAAACUGGAGAGCAGCUCUUUGCCAUCAACAGAGCAGAGCGAUGAAUUGAGCAGCCAUGGACGGCAGCAGUGACCCGCCACCGGCGGAAACGUGCUGCAGCGCAUCGCAGCCGACAAAGGACGACGCCUGCGCGGCGAGCGGCGCACGACCCGGCGACGACACUGCACAAGCGCCCUGCUGCAACGCAGCCGACACGCCGCCGCCGCCGCAGCCGGCACCGAACGACGCCUGCGCGAGUAGCGGCUGCGCACGACAAGGCGGCGACGCCGACACCGCACCGCCGCCGCCGCGACCAGUACGCCGCCGCCGCGCGAGAAUACGGCGCCAGAUCCCCCCGGAGAUUAGUGAAGACCCUUUGCUCAAGAGCGCCAUCGAACGAACAUUACCGACAAACUACGCGUUCGAGAUCCCGAAGACGAUCUGGCGGUGUCGCGAAGCCGAGGCAAAAUGCGUGGCCCUGCAGUUCCCCGAAGGGUUACUCAUAUAUGCGAAUGCGAUAGCGGACAUUGUCAGGGAGUUCUCGCAAUGUGAACGAGUGAUUGUCUUGGCGGACGUCACGUACGGCGCGUGUUGCGUCGACGAUUUGACCGCCAAAGCAUUGGGUGCCGAUUUCUUGGUGCAUUAUGGGCAUUCUUGCUUGGUGCCGGCGUCGGUGACGGGUCCCCUCAAAAGUCUAUAUGUCUUCGUCGAGAUCUCAUUUGAUGUGGACCAUCUAGUAGGAUGCGUCGAGGCCGAGUUCCUGCGGAAGCGCAUCGGGGACGGCGUCGCUGAUACGAAGCCGCAAAAAUUGGCUUUAGCGGGCACGAUCCAGUUCGCUACCGGUGUGGAGAGAGCUCGCGUGUUGCUCGCGGAGAAGAACGAAGAUGUGGUUGUGCCGCAGCAGUUGCCCCUGUCGGCGGGGGAGGUCCUGGGCUGCACGUCGCCUAGAUUGCCGGAGGACGUGGACGCGCUGGUGUUCGUGGCGGACGGGCGGUUCCACUUGGAAUCGCUGAUGAUCCGGAACCCUCAUGUUCCUGCCUUCAGAUAUGAUCCGUAUUCGAAGCGACUCACGUCUGAAAAGUAUGACACGCGGCAGCUGCAUCGACUAAGAAGGCGGGCCGUCGCUGCUGCCUCGAACGCGUCUCGCGUCGGUCUGGUGUUGGGUGCUCUUGGUAGGCAGGGGUCGCCAGCCAUCCUUAGAAGAGUGCGCGCUUUACUGUCGCAAAGAGGCAUCGCCCACUUCUGCCUCAUCCUGACCGAAGUGACUCCUGAUACACUGAAGAGAUUUGAUGCGCACGUGGAUGCGUGGGUCCAGGUCGCUUGUCCGCGCCUCUCGGUCGACUGGGGCCACCACUUCAGCAAGCCGACGCUCUCGCCCUACGAGGCCCACGUCGCCUGGGGGUCGGAGGCGUGGGACGACGGCCACUACCCGAUGGACUACUACGCGCGCUCCGAGAAGCCGUGGACGAACUACUUCAAGGGUGAUGCUGCUAAGUAGAUGUUUUGUG